AUGCGUCGUAUUUUUGCUGAGCUGGAGCCAUCUUUAAUCGUCACCGAACAAAACCUGGCAGACCGAGUUCGGUAUAUCUUGCGCUCAAAUAUAUUUGAUGUCGCCGAACACGAACUACUACGACGUGAGGCCGUUCCCUCAUCGGAUGAAAAUGCUACGGCUGAGGAUACGGUGCCACAAAUUGCAGAGCAACCCACAAACGUGGAUGCCGCCGUGAAUACCCCAGUUGUGGUUAAUUCAAACGAUGAUGAUGAUGAUGAGUACAUUGGAAGAGGCGAUUGUGAAAACGUGCAGUACGCCUCUCGAAAAUCGACCGCGACUACCCGCAUAGCUCUAAGCAAGCGAAAUCGGGUUGUCGUGAGGGCUCUGAACCCAAUGCUGGUGACAUAUUUGGAAGCCAGCCGGGACCUUUGCGAGACUAACUCAAUUCUUUUUGGCGCCGCACUGGCAGUAUGUCGCAUUAUAGGCGCCAAACUUUCCACGGCUGGACGCGCUACUGGACAAAGUAGCGCUAUCCCAGACUGGAAAAUAAGAAUUGUAGAACGUAUCGCAAAGGCUAGGGCCCUCAUCGGCAGACUGAUAUGCUUCAGGUCAGGUAAUAACAGUCCGAGGAUUGUGCGCACCGUCAGAAUGGCAUUUGCUGGGACAAAUGUUAGUUUGUCCCAGCCGGAUAUAAUGCAAAAACUGACGGAGCGCAUAGACGACCUGAAGCAGAGAAUCGAUGUUUGGGGAAAGCGGAUUCGGCGAUAUACCGAGAGGUUGACACGGUUUAAUCAGAAUCGUCUCUUCCAGAGUGAUCAGAAAAGGCCCUAUGAAUCAUUUGAGCGACCAAUGGUAAGAGGAACGGGCCCAGCACCGAAUCAGGCCAACUCUGUAGCAUUCUGGCGCGGCCUGUGGUCAGAGCCCAUAAACCACACCGAGGGCCCUUGGACGGAAGUUGUGGCGAGUCAGUGUGCGAGUAUUAUGCCCAUGGAACCCGUCGCAAUAACGCCGGAUGACGUAGCAGAGGCGGUCUGUAGAGCCCCGAACUGGAAAAGUCCGGGACUCGACGGGCUGCAUCACUACUGA